AUGGUGCUGGUGUUGGUGGUGUGGUCAUUGGUGGUGGUGUUGGCAAAGGUGUCAUUCUUGGAUUUGGCAAUAGCAGGAGGGCGUCAACCCGGCAGCCGCCUGAUGGGAAGUUCCCCGGCCUCCUCUUUCAUGGGCAGUUUCCUCACCAGCAGCCUGGGCUCGGCCACCUCCACGCACCCCAGCGGGGCCGCCUCCUCCCCCUCCGAGCAGGCCUACCGCAGCUCUCACCCCGCCGCCUCCCAGAUCUGGUUCUCCCACUCCCACGAAGCUCCAGGGUACCCCAGGUUUUCGGGGAGUCUGGCAUCCACCUUCCUACCCGUGAGCCACUUGGAUCACCAUGGAAACAGCAACGUUCUCUACGGGCAGCAUCGUUUCUAUGGAACCCAAAAAGAUAACUUCUACCUGCGAAACCUGCCCCCGCAGCCCACCCUCCUGCCUGCCAACCACAACUUCCCUGCCGUGGCCCGGGCCGCCCCUGCCCACCCCAUCGGCUCCUGUAGCCGUGACCGGGGCGAGGCCAGCCCUCUGCAGAAGGGUCCCAAGGAGUUUGACCGCUUCCUCCUGGGCAGAGAGAAGGCCGGCAGGGCAGCAGAGGGCAAGGAGCGGCCUGCGGCAGCAGAGGACGGUGGCAAGGAGCGGCACAAGCUGGUGCUGCCCGUGCCAGCCGACGGGCACUGCAAAGAGGGUGGCCCAGUGCCCCGCAGCGCUUGCGAGGCCCGCCCCAAGCACCUCACCUCCUGCCUGCUCAAUGCCAAGGUGCUCAACGGCGAGAUGGGCAAGGCCACGCCGGCCAGCUGUGCGGGGGGCAUGCUGGGGCGGCCAGGCAUGGGGAUGGCGGCCGCUGGGCGCUGCACAAAGGAGGCGGCGGGCCCCGCGGAGCCUGGGCCAGCCUUCAGCGAGUGCCUGGAGCGGAGGCAGAUGCUGCACCAUGCAGUGUCCCAUGCAGUGCCCUACACGGUGCCAUCUGGCCUGACCGCUGGGCCACCCCCGCCACUUAGCACAGCUGCCGGCUCCUUCCCCUGCCUGCAGUUGCAUGCCGGCCCGGACGGGCUCUGCCCGCUGCAGGACAAAGUCUCCCGGGACCUAAAGGCCAGCGGGCCCACCUUUGUGCCUUCCGUGGGACACUUGGCGGACAAGAGCCGCCCCUUCCAGGCGGCCGAGGCCUGUGCUGUGGUGGGAGAGGGCAAGGACCAGCACCUGGAUGGGGCCAUGGCUCCCGACCAUGCCACGCCCUACGGAGUCUCCUAUGCCCACCUGAAGGCCGAGGGCAGGGGCGAGUGGAGGCCUGGGGGCUUCGAGGCAGCCCUUAACCCCCGGCUAAAGGGCCUGGAGUAUCUCAAUAGUGCAGGCCCUGAGGCCUCCUUCUCCGGACUCCCCAAGGGCGGUCUGGACAAAAGCAGCUACUUUGAGUUGCCCGUCCCUUCACAGGACUGUGCCCGGCCCAGUCACCAAGACCCUCUGGGUGGGAAGGCCCCCCAGGCCUGUUGCACUUUAGACAAGACGGCCAGCAAGGAGGCCCCUGCCAGCCUCCCCGGGGCCCAGAAGGUGGCCAGGAUUCGGCACCAGCAGCACUUGGUGGCCCCCGAGGUGGAGCCAGGGGGUAGUGGGGCCGAGGCCACACGCAAGCCCCUAGAGCUGGCUUCCCUGGGCUACGGCGGGCCCCACCUGCCCCCAUGGAGCGUCCAGGCAGGCCAGGGCACCUCCAUGGCCAUCAGUGAGGAGCGCAAGGGCGGCCCCUACCUGGACCCCUUUGGCAGCGGCCUUCAGCAGGCGGCCCUCCUGUCCCAGGAGUUGCCCACCCCGCCAGACGAGGUCUCGGCCAUGAAGAACCUGCUGAAGUACAGCAACCAAGCUCUGGUCGUGGGCCAGAAGGCGCCCUUCGUGGGCCUGGGCAGCCUCAAAGCCAGCUGCGUCCAACAGGAGGCAAAGUUCCCGGCCUCCAAGGGCCCAGGCCAUGUGGAAAGGCCGGACUGCGCCCGCAGCCGGGAGCACGAGGCCCCACAUGGCGACGGGGAGGUGCGGCAGCCACCUGUGGGCAUCGCAGUGGCCUUGGCCAGGCAGAAGGACACUGUGAGUCGGUCUGAGACAUCCUACAGCACCAACGCUGGGCGGCAGGGCCGGGCCGCCCCUGCCUUCAAAGCUGGCAGCGGGUCCCGCUCCGUGCACACACUGGACCUGGAGGCCGAGGAGGAGCGGGCACGGCUGUGUGAAGAUCGCCUGGGGCUGGCCGGCCGCGAGCUGCUGCUGCAGGACAACAAAGACCUCGUGGAAUUUGCCCGGAUCCAGAAUUUGUCCAGCAGCUGCCCCGGAGACCUGGCCCCCCACCUCAUGGUGCAGAGCAGCCAGCUGGGCGGGGACCCGGCCACCCACCCCCACCCCGCGCACCCACCCUGGCUGCCCCGCACCCGCAGCCCCUCCUUGUGGAUGGGGGGACAUUCCUAUGGCCUGGGGCACCCCGCCCUGCACCAGAACCUGCCCCCCGGCUUUCCCACCUCGGUGCCCAGCUCCAUGCCCUCCGUCUUCCCCCUCCCCCAGGACGCCCCUGCACAGCUCGUCAUCCUGCCCUCGGAGCCUGCACCCCACACCGCCCCCCAAGCACUCGCUGAUGUCAUGGACCAGGCCUCGCUGUGGCCCCCCAUGUAUGGGGCCCGGGGCCCCGCCUCCCACAUGCAGCACCCCGGUCAGCUCCCCGUGUACCCACGCUCCCAGCUCCUGCGGCAGCAGGAGCUCUACGCCCUGCAGCAACAGCAGCAGCAGCAGCAGAAGCAUCGCAGCGCCCAGGCCCUAGAGCUGCAGCGGGCAGCCCAGUUCCAGCGGAAACCUGAGGACCACCACCUGGAGCUGGAGGAGCCCACCCAGGAGAAGGCCCUGAAGUCCACUCACAAGCCAGUUGCCUUAACCCCCAUGGCCAAGGGCGCCCCCUCACCUGCCACUGCAGGCCCCGUCAAGCUGUCACCCUGCUGCCAUUCGCCCGCCCUGAAGCCCCCCACCAGCUGCCCUGCAUCACCACCACGUUCCAGCGCCCCCUGCACUUUAUCCGUGUGCCCUGCUGGCAGCCCCGGGCCUGGCUCCAGUGUGCCCAGUACCGAGGACAAGAGCGGGACGGGCCGGCGGCCCAGAGCCGACCUCUCCACACUGGAGUCAGACCUGCCUUCCGGAUGUGUGCGCCCCCCGGCCGGCCUGGGCUUCUCCUCUCUGCCCUCUGACCUGCCCUCGUCUGACCUCACAGACCCCGAAACUAUGCAAACCGCUGCCCCGGGGGCCCAGCCCGAGCCGAUGAGGACGUUCCUGCCCAGGGAGCCACCGCCCUGCAGCCCUGGGGGCCUGGAGGAGCCCGGGCUGCUCUCAAGAGCCAGGGAGGCCACCCAGGACCUCGCCGCCACCCCCCACCCCGCCGAGCGGGGACCCCCAGGGAAGGCAGCAGACCCUAGUCCAUUUGAGGGGCUACAAGAACUGCAAUGCGGGGCCAUCCUUGAGGGAGUGGACCCCGAGGCCACUGACCAGGCUGAUUCUACUCAGGGAGGGGCACAAGAGGAGAGGACCACAGGGGAGGGGCGGGAGGAGGGAGAGCGGGCACCCUCAUCAGAGGCCCCCCUGCCAGCCCUGGAGCAGCGGGCAGGGAGCCUGGGUGCCCUGGACAAGGAGGAUGAGGGCGAGAGGCAGACCCCGGAGGCGGCGGGGCUGGAGGACAAUGCGACCACAUUUGAGGAGGACGAGCGUCAGGAGGAAAGUCUCGAGGACGAGGAAGAGGACUUGGGGGUGGCUCCUGGCAACAGCCCUGCACCCAGGGCACUGCCAGGCCUGGACGCCUUGGUGGCUGCCACCAUUGAUCUAGGGGACCUGCCCAGCAUCAGCCCACUGGACUCUCAGCCCCCGGUGGCCUCUGAGCCCCCCAGCACAGCCCCCCUGCCCCAUAGCUCAGGGAUUCAUGGGAUCGCACUGCUCAGUGAGCUGGCUGACUUGGAGAUCCAGCGGCAGAGGAGCGAGCAGGCCCUGCAAGCAGAGGAGGAGGACGUGCUGGCCUUCAACCUGCAGCAUCUGGCCACGCUGGCCACAGCCUGGUCCCUGGUGGAGGCCGCAGGCCUGGACAGCUCAGCCGCCUCAGCCCAGACCUCUGCUGCUGACACCUGCCGCGGCCCCAGGCUCACUGCCCGCAUGCAGAUCCUGCAGCGCAAGGACUCCUGGACCCCCAAGACCAAGCCUGUGUGCCCGCUGAAGGCCGCCAUCGACCGGCUGGACACGCAGGAGGUGGAGAUGCGCGUGCAGCUGGCGGAGCUGCAGCGGCGCUACAAGGAGAAGCAGCGGGAGCUGGCCCGCCUGCAGCGCAGGCGCGACCACGAGAGAGACGAGAGCUCACGGAGCCCUGCUCGGCGGGGGCCUGGCCGGCCGAGGAAGCGCAAACACUCUGGCUCGCUGCCCACCCUGCGCCCCGGGGGCCAGCUCGCCAGGAGCGACAGCAAGAAAGUGAAGGCAGUGCGGACCAGCCUGAGUCUGCUGUGUGCGGAGCUGCGAGGCAGCCAGGAGCCUGCGAAGAAGCGGAGCAAACUGGAAAAGAGUGUCUACGCAGGCCUGCAGACCGCCAUGAAGGUGCGAUGCAAGAAGAGCCGCAGCCAGGCCGAGCUGGUGUCCUCAGGGGCCCACAAGGUGGCCCAGCUGAAGCCGAAGGUCAAGAGCAAGGGGCUGCCUGCUGGCCUCAGCACCUUCCAGCGGAAGGAGGCUGCCCCAAGCGGGCGCAUCCGGAAGAAGCUGUCCCGAGCCAAGAGCACCACGGUGUCUGGGGCAACCCGGCACCCACCGCCUGAUGGCCACGGGGGCAGGGAGAUGCCCAAGUUCCCAGCCCGGCCGGUGGUGGCCGCGGCACACAAGGCAGGCAAUGGCUAUGACAGCGAGGACUGUGGGGGUCUUUUGGAGACAGAAGCACCUCCCAAGGAGCCAGGGCUGGUGCUGCACGCGGGGACCGGCGUGGCUGUGCUGGGACCUUCACCCUCCUCUGUGGUCAAGAUGGAAGCCAACCAGAAGGCCAAGAAGAAGAAGGAGAGACAGGGGCUGCUAGGGGCCUGCCGCCUGUCCAGCCCUGAGAGCGAGGUCAAGAUCAAGAGGCGGACAGCGAAGGCCAAGGUGGGCACCAAGCUGGAGCUGGCCCCGGGGCGGAGGCCACCAGGUGCACCAGGCAAGAAGAAAGCCAAGGGCAAGGCCAGAGGUGGCCUGCGGGCAGAGCCAGGGGCCACUCCCAGCAGGGACACCCUCUUCAGCCCCACCCGGGCCUUUGCCUGCCGGGAGGAGGGCAGCAAGCUGGCCAGCGAGCGCCUCAAGAGAGCCACACGCAAGAGCACCGUGCUGCAGCCAGUGCUGAGGCGGAAGAACGGGGCCCUGUCCAUCGCCCUGUCGGCCCGCAAUGCCAAGGCCAUCCUGGGGAAGAGCCGGAAGCUGGGCAAGGUGAAGAGCAAGGCGGUCGGCAAGCAGGGCGAGGGCCGGGCAGUGAGCCGGCUGCUGGAGAGCUUCACGGUGGAGGACGACUUCGAGUUUGGUGACAACAGCAGCUUCUCGGAAGACGAGGAGGACGAGGAGGACGAGGCCAGUGGCCCCCUGAGCGCGGAGCAGAGCGCUGCCCUGGCGCGCUCCUGCACCAUCCGCAGGGAGGACCUGCAGGACGGGCUGCCUGUGCUCAUUCCCAAGGAGGACAGCCUGCUGUACGCGGGCAGCGUCCGGACCCUGCAGCCCCCUGACAUCUACAGCAUCGUCAUCGAGGGCGAGAGAGGCAACCGGCAGAGGAUCUACUCGCUGGAGCAGCUGCUGCAGGAGGCGGUUCUCGAUGUCCGGCCACAGUCCAGCCGGUUCCUCCCCCCAGGCACACGGGUCUGUGCCUACUGGAGCCAGAAGUCCCGUUGCCUGUACCCAGGCAACGUGGUCCGAGGCACCUCCAGUGACGAGGAGGAAGACCUGGACUCCGUGGUGGUGGAGUUUGAUGACGGGGACACCGGCCACAUCGCCGUCUCCAACAUCAGGCUGCUGCCUCCAGACUUCAAGAUCCAGUGCACAGAGCCCUCUCCAGCCCUGCUGGUGUCCAGCAGCUGUCGGAAGACCAAGAAAACAUCCAGCGAGGCCCCCCCACCCAGUGAAGCCACCACCCCCAGCCUUUCCCCCAAAGCACAGGACGGCUCUGAAGCCUCAAAGACCCCUGGAAAGAAAUCCAUCUGCAAAGACAAAGCUGGCAAAGCUGAACUCCUAACCUCAGGUGCCAAGUCCCCCACGGGACCUUCAGACCACUUCCUGGGGCGCCGGGGCAGCCCCCUGCUGAGCUGGUCGGCGGUGGCGCAGACCAAGCGGAAGGCGGUGGCUGCAGCUUCGGCCGGCAAAGGGCCGGGGGUGCUGCAGAACCUCUUCCAGCUCAAUGGCAGCGCCAAGAAGCUGCGGGCCCGCGAGGCUCUGUUUCCCGUGCACGGCGUGGCGGCACCCGUGUUCGGCAACGGCUUCCGUGCCGACUCCUUCAGCAGCCUGGCCGGCUCCUACUCGCCCUUCAGUGGCGAGGCCGGGCCCGGCCUGCCCGGGGGGGCGCACAGGCUGCUGCGGGCCAAGAAGGCCGAGCGAGCGGAGGUCGAGAAGGGCGGGCGGCGGCGGACAGCCGGCGAGUUCCUGGUCAAGCUGGACCACGAGGGCGUGACCUCCCCCAAGACCAAGAGCUGCAGGGCGCUGCUCGUCGGGGACAAGGACUUCGGCCCCAAGCUGGGGCGGCCCCUGCCCAGCCCCAGCUACGUGCACCCGGCCCUCGUGGGCAAGGACAAGAAGGGGCGGGCGCCUGUCCACCCGCUGCCCAUGGGCCUGGCGCUGCGCAAGUACGCGGGCCAGGCCGAGUACCCAUUGCCCUGCGACAGCGACUGCCACAGCUCCUACUCGGACGAGGAUGAGGACGGGCCAGGGCUGGCAGCCGGCGUGCCCUCCCGCUUCCUCACCCGCCUGUCCGUGUCCUCAUCCUCGUCCGGCUCGUCCACCUCCUCCUCCUCAGGCUCCGUGUCCACCUCCAGCCUCUGCUCCUCGGACAACGAGGACUCAUCCUACAGCUCGGAUGACGAGGACCCGGCCCUGCUGCUGCAGACCUGCCUCACCCACCCGGUGCCCGCCCUCCUGGCCCAGCCCGAGGCACUGCGUUCCAAGGGGAGCGGCCCCCACGCGCACGCCCCGCGCUGCUUCCUGUCCAGGGCCGCGGUGGCCGGCGCGGGCCCCAGCAGCGGCCAGUCCAAGCUCACGCGGAAGGAGGGCCUGAGCUUCUCCAAAGCCAAAGAGCUUUCCCGGAGGCAGCGGCUGCCCUCCGUGGAAAACCGGCCAAAGAUCUCAGCCUUCCUGCCGGCCCGGCAGCUCUGGAAGUGGUCGGGGAGCCCCACGCAGCGGCGGGGCAUGAAGGGGAAGGCCAGGAAGCUGUUCUACAAGGCCAUCGUCCGGGGCAAGGAGACGCUGCGCACUGGGGACUGUGCGGUCUUCCUGUCGGCCGGGCGGCCCAACCUGCCCUACAUCGGCCGCAUCGAGAGCAUGUGGGAGUCAUGGGGCAGCAACAUGGUGGUCAAGGUCAAGUGGUUCUACCACCCUGAGGAGACCAAGCUGGGGAAGCGCCAGAGCGACGGGAAGAAUGCGCUGUACCAGUCCUGCCAUGAGGACGAGAACGACGUGCAGACCAUCUCCCACAAGUGCCAGGUCGUGGGGCGCGAGCAGUACGAGCAGAUGGCCCGGAGCCGCAAGUACCAGGACCGGCAGGACCUCUACUACCUGGCGGGCACCUAUGACCCCACCACCGGGCGCCUGGUGACGCCGGACGGCGUGCCCAUCCUGUGCUGAUCCCCUGCCUGGCGCCGGUACAUGGAGCCCCGGGUGGCAGGAGGCCCCACACCUCCCAGGGGCCGGUCUGAGCAAAUAUGGAAGCCCACCAAGGCGAGAUCCAGGCGUUUCUAUGGUUUUCCCUGGAGAGAGAGCUCUUAGGCAUCGGAACCCAGUCCCACCCCCGCUGCGGAGGGCCCGUGGCGCCCCCGGCGCUGCUGUCUGUUUUCCGCACCGGCAGUUCAUGUGAGAUUAGAAUCCAAGCCAUAUUUCCCUAGUACCUCCGACUGUCUCCCACCAGGGAAAGCAGAAAUCAGGUGUGUUGUCUAUUUAUUUCUCUGUGUAAAUAUUGUAUUUCUGCGGGGAAGUUUUAUGGAAAAAAAGUGGAAAAGGAUUUUUUCCCACCUGUGUGACGAGGGUGUGUGCGUGUGUGUGUGUGUGCAUGUGCGUGCGUGCAGGGGUUUUGUUCUGGGAGUUUCUUUGGAAAUGCACUGUUCUCAGCCUAGCUGAGCCGGCUCGCACGCCUGUGACGACAGAGGUGGCGGGGCCCCUUGUGCACAGCUGCUCAUCUCUUGGGACGAUGACAUAAGAUGGAAGGUCACACUGGGGUUUAUUUCCUUUUGGUACAUCUGGGGAAAAAAAGGAUGGAAGGGGCAGUGCUGAGGGUCCCACAGGGAGGAAGGGAUUUUAGAAGCAGAGCUGAGAGGCGGGAGCAGCAGACGCGGCCCUGGAGUGUGGUGGCGGUCACGUAUCUUACCUCUGCUUAAAGCAAGACAAAAAUGAACAACUCUGCUAAAGUAUCAGUGAGAAGGAGUGGCGUCUUGAUUUUAUUUCCUGGAUAGUCCAAGUUGUUUCUGAUUUCCGUUUCCACGGCCAGUUUGUCUGACAGAGGGGGGUCGAGCCCUCCCUGUGUCCUCGCCGCACUGGGGGAGCAGGUCGCUGUGCCGGCCCCGCCAGCCCGACGCUCCAUUCCCGGCGGCAGCAGGGCAGGGGCACGGCCCACUUGGGGAGGCCCAGGGCUCCACCCGACUCCCUGCUCGCCAUCAAGUGGGCGGAUGUGAAAGAUGCCCCUUUCCCCACCCGAGACACCCUCCCUAUGCCCCAGGACCUUGCCAGCCCGCUUGGUUCCCGUGGUGGCCAGGCCAGGCCAUAGGUGCUGGGGCCAGAGUGGGGAAGAAGAGUCACAAGGCAGGCCACGCCCGCGCCCGCCCAAGGAGGAAGCCCUCGCCGUGCCUCCCCUUCCCAUGGGUCCCUCUGCUUGCCCGGCUCCGAUGGAGGGGACUUUUCUGCAGCCACUUGGCAGGCCAGGUGGGCUGUGCCUGGGGCAUAGGAGGAGGGCCCUCCCGACCCCAGAGCUCACACCCUGGCCCCCGUCCUUUAUCCCACAGCCAGGAGAGGCAGGCCACCCCUGCGCACAACAGCCCUCGUCCUCAGAGGUGUGCUGGGGGCCACGUGCCCCACGUCCCACCAUGCAGGAAAGCCCCCAAGUCAGCCACUGCUCCUAGGAUGAGGAAGGUCCCUGGGAAGCAGAGGUGUUCGUGGGUGCCCCACACCCCAGCCCGGGGCCUUUCACUGCUCAGGCCACCUGGGAUCCCAGCUGCAGAGCCUUAUUUCUCUCGCCUGCUGCCCAGCUCCCCCAAAGGCUGCUCCUGGUGGCUCCCCAGCAAGCUCGAGGGCGGGAGGGGGCCGUUUCGUGGGAGGCGGGGUCCCCCGCCCCUGCUGUCCCGCUCCCAGCCCCAAGUCCACCCUCGGUCUCAGCACGAGUGCAAUAGUUCACCCCGGGCAGCCAUCUGGGGAGCUGGCCGGCCGGGUCCUGCUGGCGGCUCAGGGACCAGAGCCGUCGGUGAAGACGCGCGGCACAGGGUUAAGGCUGUUCCAAGCCCCACGUGCCCGGGAGCGCGGCGGAAGCCCGGCCUUGGCUGCCUGCCCUCUCCCCUCUGCUGCUGGGUGUCCUCCUGUCCUCUGUUUCCCCUCCCUCCGCCCGUCCCUUGCUCUCGCGUUCUCGCGGAUGGCGUCGCCCCCACCCCUCUAACCGUGGUUAAACGUGGCGAAAGCACGAUUUUUGUAAAUGUGUAAACUAAGAGGAUGGUUGGAUUUUUUUUUCAAUGUAAACACUAAAAACAAAACAAAAAAACACAAAGGUUUUAUGAGCAGCAAACUCUAUGUAAAGGCGUUUUAGUAUUAAAUUUUUUAUUGAUAACUUGCUUAAGAAUAAAUAUAUGAACUAUUGUACAGGUC